CAGCCGCGGCACCGCCUCCCGCUUCGUGCCUCCCUUUUCCUUCCCUCCCGCUGCCACCACAGCCGCACCGAACCACACAAAGAGGCUGGGCCGGGCUGGCCAGGGCCGCGCUGAGCUGCCACCAUGACGGAAAACACAAAGACCCACGUUAUCCUGCUGGCCUGCGGCAGCUUCAACCCCAUCACGAAGGGACACCUCCACAUGUUCGAACGAGCCCGGGAUUACCUGCACAAGACUGGACGCUUCAUCGUCAUCGGCGGCAUCGUCUCACCAGUCCAUGACUCCUAUGGGAAGACGGGCCUGGUCUCAAGCCGGCACCGCCUGACCAUGUGCCAGCUGGCUGUCCAGUCCUCCGACUGGAUCAGGGUGGACCCCUGGGAGUGCUACCAGGACACUUGGCAGACCACCUGCAGUGUGUUGGAGCAUCACCGUGACCUUAUGAAGAGAGUGACUGGCUGCAUCCUCUCCAAUGUCAACACCCCCUCCAUCACACCUGUGAUUGGUCAGCCCCAGAAUGAGUCCUCCCAAACCAUCUACCAAAACAACAACUUCUCCAACAAGCCCAUGGCAGCAAAAAUCCUGGGGAAGGUGGGAGAAAGUCUGAGCCGAAUUUGCUGCGUUCGCCCACCCAUGGAGCGCUUCACCUUUGUGGAUGAGAAUGCCAACCUGGGGACAGUGAUGAGAUAUGAGGAGAUUGAGCUUCGCAUCUUACUGCUCUGUGGCAGUGACCUGCUGGAGUCCUUCUGCAUCCCUGGGCUCUGGAACGAGGCAGAUAUGGAGGUGAUUGUUGGGGAGUUUGGGAUUGUUGUGGUGCCACGGGAUGGAGCAGACCCCGACCGGAUCAUGAACCACUCCUCCAUACUCCGCAAGUACAAGAACAACAUCCUGGUGGUGAAGGAUGAUUUGAACCACCCCAUGUCAGUCGUCAGUUCCACCAAAAGCAGACUGGCCCUGCAGCACGGGGAUGGACACGUCAUGGAUUACCUCUGCCAGCCUGUCAUUGACUACAUCCUCAAGAGCCAGCUCUACAUCAACACCUCUGGAUAAGUGCCAGAGGCCUUGCAGUGAGACAGUCCUUGUGUCCCACCUGCCUGCAGCUCUCCAUCACUCUCUUCUCUCUCUCUCUCUCUCUCUCUCUCAGUCCAUAUCUUCAUAUCUCUCCCCACCCCAUGGUGUCCUGCCUGUAUCUGCCUCUCCCUCCCCAGCACCAAUGCUCCAUCAUCAAGCUAUGUCCAGGAACCUCAGCACAGCCCUGAGGGGAACAGUUUGAGAGGAACUGCCUCCCCCCCACACCUUACACAAGGAGGGAGGGGGAGCUGGUGAAAGGGGGAUGUGCUCUGGGGACUCAAGGGAGGCAGCUUCAGCACCACCCUCCCAGCAGCUCACUGGGAAAGGUCCCCAUAGUCCAUCCUCCCAGCAUGCUCAGAGCAGGGGCUUCCUCCUCCUCCUCCUCCUCCUCAUCUCACGGUACCUAAGUUCAAUAAAUCUAGGUGGACUUCUUUUUUUUCUUAAAUAGUUUUAGUGCAAGCCCUUUGGACCUCUUGACACAAUGACCAAAUGCAUCCUGGCUGGCAGGGGGCAGCUGUAUUCCAGCUGGUUUAGUGCCCUCCUGUGCAUGGACCUCCUUAGGCCAGCAGUAGAAUAACCCAUUAUCCAAAUCCUACUCCUGGCCCUAAAAAAAAAAAACAAAACACCACAAAGAGGGCAUUUAUGAAGAGCAGCAGAGGCCUUGGCAAGCAGGUGGGGAUAUCACAGAAUCAUGGAAUGAUUUGGGUUGGAAGGGACAUUAAAGAUCACCUGGUUCCAAUGCCUAGGGUUGGAGUUAUCAAGGGAGUUCCAGGGAAAGCUCUGCAAUUACUUUUUGUUUCCUUUGACAUCCACAAAGCUGCUCUCACAGGACCUAAAUUUGGUUAUCUGCAGGAUGCUGCCAGCAUCUCUGUAACAGCAAGAGUCUUUGGCCAAAAGAAGGAGGCUCCUUGCAGCAGGCACGGCUUUAGGGCUCCUUGAGAAGGGCAUGGCUCCUUCCCAGGAGAAGCAAGAGAGAGGUGACAUGACUUGUCCCAGGGCAGUGAGCAGCAGAGGUGGUGACAGCAGAAAAAUCAAGGUAAGCCCAGGGGUUCCUGAGAUCAGGGCAACACAGACUGAGGUCCCCCCCAGACAUGUGGGGAACCAGAUGAAUGAUCUGCUCAGCAUGGUUACACAGCCGAAAGAGGAAAUUGAAAGGUUGGGGAAUAUCAGGGGAGGAAGAUAGACCCUUGGUGUCAUAACUCAGCCUCCCUGAACCAGAUUCAACCAUCAGGUGAGGCUCCUGGCUCAGAACUCUCCCUGUACCCUCUCUGCCUGGUUGAAAGCAAUCACAGAGAAUCACAGAACCAUCUGGUUUGGAAAGGAGCUCUGGGAGCAUCCAGUCCAACCCUUGAUCCAUUCCCCCCGUGGUUCCCAGCUCAUGGCACUCAGUGCCACAUUCAGUCUCUUCUUAAAAACCUCCAGGGAUGGAGAAUCAACCUCCAUCCCAAUGCCUGAUCACCCUCUUUGUAAAGAAUUUCUUCCUAAUAUCCAACCUAACCCUGCCCUGGCAGAGCUUAAGCCCAUGGCCUCUUGUCUGACUGAGAUCUGCCUGGGAGCAGAGCCCAACCCCCCCCCUGGCUCCAACCUCCUUUCAGGGAGUUGUAGAGAGUGAUGAGGUCUCCCCUGAGCCUCCUCUUCUCCAGACAAUGUCCUACAAGACAGUGAGCAGUAGCAAGAAGUCCCUGCACAGCAUAAACACCUUGAGAAGUGUGGCCUUGGGGUGUCUGUUCCACCUUAGAUUCAAACCCUGCAACAGGAGCCAAAUGGUGAGGAGGAUAAUUCACCAAACUUGGAGGUGCCUCUGAGGCCAAGUCAGACUGUGCCUUGCAUCAAAACCUCCUCAGUUAAGAAAAAAAAAGAUGUUUCCUUGUCAUAGUGGAUGGAAGGGGGUGGAAGGCCCUAUGUGCAGACAAGAUCCACUUCUUGGAGAAGUCUGCUGCCUCCCUGGGGCCAGGAUGAAGGAUGGAAACUCCUCACCCCAGUUAAACCCACAGGUUAUUACCCAUUACUUAUCUUUCAAGUAGGCAGGGAUGAGGUGACCACCAGAAGUCUAGAGGCAAUGAAGAAAGGCUUCAGGGCACUGGGUCAGCUGGUUAAACACAUCCCUGAAUGUGUUUAAAAACUGUCUGGAUGUGGUGCCUGGGGACAGGGCUUAGAGGAGGGUCAUCAGAAAUAAGGUAAAAUAGGGCUAGGAUGAGGUUGGCUUCAAUGAUCUUAAAGAUCUUGUCCAGCCUGAACAAUUUGAUGAUUCUAUGGCCAGAAGAGGUCUUUCCUUUCUCAGGAUUUGCCUCCCCAUGAAGAGGCUUGCUUGGGAACUGUGAAAAAUCAGUAGCUGAGUCCCUCAGCUCCAGCUCUUGUUUCUCCAAGGUAGCUGCAAACAUUCCCUGUAGGAUGGGGAGACACAGAGAGGCCAAAGCAGAGAGGAUGGGCCCAAGUGUUGCAGAAUUCCCUCUUCUCCAAGGAGCUGCUCCCCACCACCCUCCUGAGCCCCCUCAGCCAACAUGUAGGACAGGUGCCCAUGGAGGGACAUCUCAUCCAUAAGUCACCCAAUGUAUAUAACCUGUAGCUAGACUCCAUCCACCAUCCCUGCAUGGGUUUGGUUUUUUUUUUUCAGUCUCUCCUCCCUCUCUACCCCAACACACAGAAAUUAUUUCAGGCAUCAGCCUCCUGUCCUUGCCAGAUGCCACCCAUGCUCCAAGUGGAGGAGAAGAAGCAGCUGUAGAAACCAGGCUGAGAAACACAGACAGUGGGUAUUAACUGAGGAAAAGGCAAAGGGAAAUAAAGGAAAAGGGAGGAAAAAGCAAGGCAGGUGGCAUGUCCAAGAAGCAUCUCAGAUCCUCCCUCAGGUACCAAGAUGGGACUCAGGGGAAGCAUCCCACAUGGCAAACCUUAGGGAUGUGUGUCCUGUCUUACCUGCAUCUUUGCUCAGUAAAACUCACAGCACAGGGGGUUGGGAAGGGGCUUUGUGAUGGGUCAUUCAGCUCAAGGAAUGCUCAGUUUGGAAAAAUGUCUUUGGGUGGGUAUGGAAAAAAUAUUAUUAAUUGUUGGUGGGGAGGAUCAAGGUUUGGAAGGUGCAGGGGAGGGGUGAGACAAAGCUUGUGGGUUUUGGUCUUUGAACCUCUGCUUUUAACAAGUGUAAUUUGCUGAAAGAGAAAAGAAUUUCAAUUGCAUCAUGGAAAAACCUGAAAACAACAAAACCAACCAACCAACCAACCAAAUAACAGGGGGGAGAGAAAGGGGCUGAAGUUGUGAGGUUGCCAUGCCACCAAUUUCACUUUUGUCAGAAGUUUUGGAGCCUCAUUAUUAUUUUUUUUGUUUUGUUUUCUGUUGCUAUAUGAAAAACAAAACAGUAAUUGAAAGAAAAAAAAACUUUAUCGGCAAAAUAUUUAAAUUGUGUAAUAAACAAACCAAAAUAAAAUGCUGUUACUGGUGUCACUU